AUGUUGCAGCAGAAAGUCGUCAGCAGCGUAAAUAACAUCAGACGCAGCGCCGCGGGUGCCAUAGGGCUGCAACUGAACAACGCCCCCGCCCUCGGUGAGGAGCUUGGUACGGUGCUUGGCGCUGUAGCUACAGCCAGUGCCCUGCAGCACACGUCCAUGCUUGAGAUUAAGGACCUGGAUGAGUGUGCCACCAAAGAGGAGAUCACCAAGGCACUGGACGCCCUACUGGGCGCUCCGGUGUCUCAAUGCGACCCCGUGAAAUCUCUGCGGAAGGCAUACGCGGGAACACAGGUGGCUGCGGUCGCGCUCCCGGAUGACCUGGCGGCCAAGGCGCUGAAGCUAGGCCACAUACGGAUCGGCUGGGUGAACUGUCACAUACGUGGUCGCGAGGUGGCCGCGCGCUGCUACCGCUACUGGAGUCCCGGUCAAGUGGCCGCUCGCUGCAAGGGUCCCGACCGUACGGAGCUCUGCUACCGAAGCGACCAGAAGGGCCAUCAAGCAAAGGACUGCAAAGACCAACCGGCGUGCGUCCUCUGCCAGGAGCGAGGAGCCAAUGACCACCGUCAUGCAUCCACAAGCUCGAGCUGCCCACUAGCACGGAAGGUCACCCAAGCCCGCCGAUGA